AUGACGAUGGCAAUGCGGGGUCCAGGAAGCUCAUGCCUCAACUGCCGCACAAGGAAGGUGCGAUGUGACCGGGUGUCGCCGCAAUGUUCGCAAUGCAAGCAGAGGUCUCUGGAAUGCUUGGUUCCUGAGGCUCCUCCACGCUUGCUUUGGCUUCCCAUCAGAACCCAGGGAGAUUUCAGCUUGGAGCAGGAGCAGUUCGAGCUAGAUCUGCAUGUCAGGCGGCAGCCUUUGUUCAAAGGUGGGUCGACCGUCAGGAGUCGAGGAAGAUUGAAAGGGCCGCAGACUGAUUUGCAAUUCGUAUUAGGGGGACAGCAAGCUCAGAAUGCUGCGGAUUUGCUUCAACUUACAGCCGGUGCAUCUAUUGGUGCGGUUUUAGAGCAACUUGACUAUCAGGCAGAGGGACUCGCACACGGAAUGGAGACCUCCAGUGGACCUUUCCAUGCGUUUCGCUGCGAACAUAUCACAGCCGGAUCGAGGUCGCCAACGCCGCACCCGGAACUUCCUGAUCUUGAACUGUGGCGGCUGCUAUCGAAUAACCUCGACGAUGUGCUUAAUGAAGAGGACAUUAUCAAUGCAGCAUGGGCAUCAGACCUCGGUAUUCCAGACGAGCUACUUGUACCCAGUGAAGGUUUAGGAGAAGCCGAUCAUCAUUUCCAACCUUCUCAACAAGAGCAGUAUUCGACAGAACCAGCGAUAUCCGGGGCACUUCUAACAUUCGGUCCGUCAGUUAUGGCACCCCCAGAUCUCGUAGACUUCACUAUGUCUACCGCAAAAUUCCUGCUGGACCAUUAUCAGAAUAUAACAACAACGCUCUAUACCCCGGCUUCCGUCCAGUCAAAAACACCUUGGGAGGUUUGUUACGUGCCCAAUGUUCUUAGCACGCUUGGUGAAAUUGCUCUCACCGGAAACAGCAGCGACGCUAAAGUAUCAUUGUUGUUCGCUGUUUUCGCCAUCAGCGCAUUCAGACUGAAUAUUCUUGGUUCUCCUUGUCAUCCUGGAACCGAAGACUGGCACACACUCGGGAACAUGUACCGGCAAAGGGCCACUAAAAGACUACAGAUGGCACUCCGGCAUUUAUCUACUGGGCUCCCCAAGAAAGAGAAGUACAAAAACAUACUCAUGCCCCUUUUGAGCAUGGUAACGAUUUGUGCUGUUAGCGGAGAAAUGAAGAAUGCGGCUCACUACCUGCGUGAUAUCGAACAAAUCAUCACACUCUAUGGAAUCCCCAAGCUACAGAAGUCGCGCAAAGUCCAGAUGCUCCACAGUAUAUACGUCUACCUGCGGGUCCUAACAGAAGGCACACAAGUUCAGAACCAAAGCCUUCGUUUUGAAGCGAGCGAGAGCCUCGAUCCUGACAUAGAGUCGUGGUCAGGUUCAAAUCAAACUACAUGGGAAAAUCUGCUGCAGGAGCUAUCCAGCACUUAUGAUACACUGAAACCGGAUGUCAUGCAAUGCCUGGCUCCUCCAAAGUCCACGUUCGAAGAGAUAUAUUCGAUCCCGGAUUCGCUGUUCAAGCUGAUACUGGAGACAACGCAACUGGCCAAGCAAGUAGAGCGACUCCGUCUUAAGAGACCGAAGAACAUGGACUACGAUGUAUUUGCCGAAAGGGUGAAAGAGCUUGAAAACAGGAUUUGCGAAUGGGACUAUUACUAUAAGGAAACAACCUAUCCGGCAGACCCUAUAGGCACGCUGCCGCUGAAAGAACGAUUUCCAUACCACCUCACGCAAGCCAUCUACACAGCUCUAAUGAUAUAUUUCUACCGCUCGGUCAGAGAUGUCAAUGUCAUAACAUUGCAGCCGUAUGUUCAGCAGACCAUUUAUCAUCUAACUGAAUACGACAAACAUAAAGAAAGACACAAAGAUCGGUCCUCGGACAUAUGCUGGCCUGCGUUUGUAGCCGGGUGCGAGGCUACCACAUCCCAGUCCAGACAGCAGAUCGCCGAAUGGCUAGAGAAGUCUACCAAUUCCAAUGGCAUGCUCAUGUUCAGAGUGGCUCUCAAAGCCAUGCAAAAGGUCUGGGCCGCCCGAGCGACCCCGGGGAAACAAAACCUCUCUUGGAGUGUCGUCCUGAGUGAGUCGAGCGACAUGAGAGUUUUGGUGCUUAGCUAG